AUGUCGUUCCGCCCUGGUGUCGAGACGAUCCGCUUUAGGCGGCCCACCAACAAGCCCGUCGAGAAGAAGGAGCCCGAGAAGGACCAGUUUGGUUCACUGGCUCCGCAGGGCUGGAAGAGGCGUCACCAGGGCUUGCUGCAGGACCAAGUUCGGAGGCAGCAGAAUGGGCCUAUCGUCCCCUCGUUCUCUGUGGCCCUCAGACUGCUCCUGCUUAUACGCACCACGGCGGCGAUGUACGCGAUCAUCUCGGACUGUGACGAGGUCUUCAACUUCUACGAGCCGCUGCACUACUUUGCACACAACAGCGGUUUCCAAACGUGGGAGCAGUCGCCUCAGUACGCUGUGCGCUCGUGGUUCUAUGUGCUCCUGCACGCGCCAUUCGCGUACUUUGGGCCUUGGCUGCUCGGCCUCGGUAAGAGGCAGCAGUUCUUUGCGCUGCGCCUGUUCCUCGGCGCUAUCUCGAGUGCGUGCGAGGCGGCGUUCUUCCGCACCGUCGUUGUCACCGUCAACGAGCACGUCGGCCGUUAUCUGCUCUUCGCGAUGGCCCUGUCCGCCGGCAUGUUCAACGCCAGCGUCGCAUUCCUGCCUUCGAGCUUCGCAAUGCAUGCCAACAUGCUCGCUGCGUCGUUCUGGUUCCACCCCGCGACGUCGACCAACACGGGCGUGAAGCGCGCAUUCCUCGCCACGAUUUGUGUGGCUGUCGGUGCCAUUGUCGGCUGGCCGUUCUCCGCUGCACUCGGCGUCCCCUUUGUCAUCGAGUAUGCCCUCCUUCCUGCCGGCGAGAUCGUCCCAUCAGUAGGUGACGAGAAGCUGGCCUGGAGCCAGAAGCGUCUGAGCACUCUUGUCGGCGCAAUCGUUGUAGCUGCGAUUGCCGUCGUCGUUCCCACUUUUGCCGUCGACUCGUGGGCGUACGGGCGUUUCACUUUCCCCUCGCUCAACAUUGUCCUCUACAACGUGUUUGGUGAGAAUGGCCCUGACCUCUACGGCACUGAGCCUUUCUCGUACUACUUCAAGAACCUGUUCCUCAACUUCAACUUCUUCCUCCCACUCGCGCUCAUCGCGCUCCCUGCCCUGGUGGUCACGUACCACUUUGACUUCCGCCGCCUCGGCAAGACCCAGAUGAAGCCUCGCAACGGCGAGACGAGCCCGUACAUCCUUCUCGCCCUGCGCCUCGCUCCGUUCUACCUCUGGCUCGCGAUCUUCGUCACGCAGCCGCACAAGGAGGAGCGCUUCAUGUUCCCGGCGUACCCGUUCUUGUGCUUCAAUGCGUGCGUCUCGAUCUUCCUCAUCCGCGGCUGGUUUGAGACUGCAUUCGUCGCUGUUACCAAGUCGCCGUAUCGUGCGGGUCAGUCGGAGAUGUUCUCGUGGUUCACCUUAUUGGCGGUCAUCGUACCGUCGCUCUUGUCGCUUGGUCGCAUUAUGGGACAGGUCAAGUUCUACGGGGCGCCGACGGCCAUCACCAACCACUUCCAGUACACGACGCUGCCGUCCGUCCUGGAGGAACUUGGGUACAAGCCGGUCUCUCUCCCGUCCCAGCGCCCUGAGGACGACCCAGUGUGGGACCUCUCCCCUUUCGAGGACAUGGAGGACCCGCUCCGCGUGUGCUACGGUGCGGAGUGGCACCGCUUCCCGUCCUCGUUCUUGUACCCGGAGGGCAUCGACGUACAGUGGAUUGAGGGAGCGUUUGACGGCAUGAUGCCGCGCCACUGGGACAACAGCAGCGCGUCCACGGGCUGGUGGCCACGUGACGAGACCCGAGCCAUCCACCUGGGCCGCUUCAACUCGGAGAACAAGGCCAGUGCUGAGCCCGGCACCUACGUCCCCGUUGACACCUGCAACUACCUCGUCACGCUCAACCUGCCAUCGCAGCCGCCAACCAAGGCUGAGCCGGACUACAUCUCGGACCCCGCGUGGGAGGUUGAGUUCUGCACCGAGUUCCUGGAUGCAGCGAGCUCGCACGGCUGGGCCCGCUGGAUCUGGCUUCCGGGAGGUGUUGGCGAGAAGCAGCGCGUUUACGGCCAGUACUGUCUCCUCAAGCGCGCCGGGGAGACUGAGUAA